UUUCGCCACAUGUGUUCGCCCUUCGCCGGUUGAGACGAACUUAACCGUCUGAUUCUUUCACGCCUAGCUAUUAACAAGUCCUAGAAGUUUUUUUUACGACUGAAAGAUCUGUGAUAUUUAUUAAUAAAAGGAGGGAAAAUGGUGCCCGAACCAAAUAUUCAACUAAUUCAAAUUUUGGAGAAAACUGUAUCGUCAGAGAAGAAUGAAUUGGAAGCAGCCCAAAAUUAUCUUGAACAGGCAGCAAGGGGCAAUCUGGUUGAGUUCAUCAGAGCCUUGUCUGACAUUCUUGCCCAUGGAGCAAAUAGCCCUGUUGCCCGCAUGGCAGCUGGUCUGCAGUUGAAAAAUUGCUUGACUUCAAAAGAUACCGAUGUCAAGCUGGAAUACCAGCAGAGAUGGUUGUCAUUCCCACACGAUCUAAGGACCUAUGUAAAAAAGAACAUUUUAGCUGCUUUGGGUACAGAGACCAUCCGCCCUAGCUCUGCUGCUCAAUGUGUUGCGUACAUGGCAGUUGCUGAACUACCAGUCAGUCAGUGGCCAGAAUUGAUAUCUGUACUUGUUGCCAAUGUCACUGCAGCUAACAGCACAGAAAUGGUUCGGGAAGCCACUCUGGAAACGAUUGGAUAUAUUUGCCAGGAUAUUGAUGCUGAAGUACUAGCUACUCAGUCGAACGAGAUUCUCACUGCUAUCGUACAUGGCAUGAAACGUGAGGAACCAAGCAAUCACGUCAGAUUGGCUGCCACAACUGCGCUAUUGAAUUCAUUGGAGUUCACUAAAGCUAACUUCGACAAAGAAAGUGAACGGCACUUCAUCAUGCAAGUUGUGUGUGAAGCAACGCAAUCUCCCGACACAAAAGUACGGGUUGCAGCACUUCAAUGUCUGGUCAAAAUUAUGUCCCUAUAUUACCAAUACAUGGAGCACUACAUGGGGCCAGCACUUUUUGCGAUUACACUGGAAGCGAUGAGGUCGGAGAUUGAUGAAAUCGCACUGCAAGGUAUUGAGUUCUGGUCGAACGUUUGUGACGAAGAGGUGGAUUUGGCUAUCGAGGCCAGCGAAGCUGCUGAAAUGGGCCGUCCGCCUGAACAUACGUCUAAAUUCUACGCAAAGGGAGCUCUUCAAUAUCUAGUUCCUGUGUUGAUGCAAACGUUGACUAAGCAAGAAGAGUAUGAUGAUGAAGACGAUUGGAAUCCCUGUAAGGCUGCCGGUGUGUGUCUCAUGUUGUUAGCCAACUGCUGUGAAGAUGUCAUCGUUCCUCACGUCCUUCCUUUCGUCAAGGAGAACAUUGAGAAUCCAGACUGGCGUUUCCGUGACGCCGCCGUAAUGGCUUUUGGUUCUAUCCUUGAAGGACCUGAUGCUGUUCAGUUAAAACCUAUUGUUGAACAAGCUAUGCCUUUCCUUUUCAAAUUGAUGCAUGAUACAAGCGUUAAUGUACGUGACACUGCAGCCUGGACGAUUGGACGAGUUUGUGAAAUCAUCCCCGAUGCAGCUGUGGCUCCCCCCAAUCUUCAGCCACUGCUUCAGGCUCUCGUUACUGGACUUACUGCUGAGCCUCGUGUCGCUUCUAAUGUUUGCUGGGCUUUCUCGAGCCUGGCUGAAGCUGCCUACGAAACUGCUUCACAGGCUACCGAUGGAAAUGAACCAGAUUCGUACUGCCUGUCUGAAUAUUUUGAGCCCAUCGUUCAAAAGCUAUUGGAAACGACUGAUCGGCCUGAUGCUGCCCAAGCUAACCUCCGUGCUGCUGCCUAUGAAGCUUUGAUGGAAAUGGUCAAGAACUCGCCCAAAGAUUGCUAUAUUACUGUACAGAAGACCACAAUGGUCAUCUUGGAGAGAUUGCAACAGGUUCUUAACAUGGAAUCCCACGUGUCGUCGCAUUCGGAUAGAGUCCAAUACAACGAUCUUCAGUCGCUGCUCUGCGCCACAUUACAGAGCGUGCUUCGUAAAGUCACCCCAGAAGAUGCUCCCAAGAUCUCUGACCCGAUCAUGGCGGCCUUGCUGCAGAUGUUCAAUUCGAGCGCUGGACCAAAUCGUGCUGGUGGUGUUCAGGAAGAUGCGUUGAUGGCAGUGGCAACAUUGACGGAAGUCCUUGGCGAAGGAUUCAUCAAGUACAUGGAAGCCUUCCGUCCCUACCUUAUCAUGGGAUUGAGAAACCACGCCGAGACUACCAUCUGCCAGGCGUCCGUCGGACUGGUUGGCGACAUUUGCCGAGCUCUAGGCGCCAAGAUCUUGCCUUUUUGUGAUUCAAUCAUGUCGCUUCUAUUGGAGACCCUUGGCAACAACGAAGUUGAUAGAAAAGUCAAACCCCAGAUUUUGGCUGUAUUCGGAGAUAUGGCUUUGGCAAUCGGCCCAGAAUUCAAGAAGUAUCUUGAAUUGGUUAUUGGCAUGCUGCACCAAGCAUCUCAAGCCCAAGUCAACCGAAAUGAUUUUGACAUCAUGGAUUAUUUAAAUGAACUGCGCGAAUGCUGCCUUGAAGCAUACACUGGAAUUGUUCAGGGUCUCAAAGGGGAAGACAAAGAAACUAUUGGAAAUGAUGUCCAGCUUAUACUUCCACAUGUUCCCCACAUGAUAAACUUCAUCACUACGAUUGCGAGAGACCGGGAGAAAUCAGAUGGAACCAUUUCUGCCGCCGCUGGACUUAUUGGCGAUCUUUGCUCUGCCUUUGGACAUCAAUUGCUGCCUUUCGUUGACACUGAGCCAAUCACCGACAUGCUGACUAUUGGACGACGAUCUAAAACGGGAAAGACAAAGACUCUGUCUAACUGGGCCACGAAGGAAAUCCGCCGACUGAAGGCCACCGUUACUUCGAGUUGAUUGGCCAAAUGAUUGGUACGCAUGCGCGUGAGGCAAAAGAGAAAAACGUGAACAUUUGAUGAUGAAGCGUGAGUGGUGGAUGAAAGUGAAUCGGACUUUGCCUACUAGUAUCUCUUUUCAAAACUUAUUCCUCACUUCAGUACACAUUCACGCAGUCUUCCAUCCUCUUAUCUCUUCUGUCUUUCCUUCUUUUUUUACGGAUACCAUCGCACCAACUAUUCCUCCUUGCCAGCACUUGUUUGCCCUUCCAUUUCAGUCUUAAUUUUCCCCUUCACUUUUCAUUUAUUUUGGUUGAACGCUGUACGAAUGUCCGAACGGAUGUAUGAGAGAGUGUGUGUAUGUAUGUAUCCAUGAUGUUUGUAUGUGUGUGAAUGGGACGUUGUCGGCCAAUUGAUCUAUUUGGAAAGGAUGUGAGAAAAUGAGACGAAAUAGUUGUUUGAUUGAAAGGGAAAAAAGCGAGUAAAUGGGUGAGCGAAAAGGAAUCUUGCACUCAAGGACAUCCUAGUGUCAAACCUGUUCUGUCAACUUCUUUCCUAAACCCCUUUCUAUCUAGUUAAGGUUUUCCUCUUAAUCCAAGAAAAAAGGGAAGGGCUUGCACAUUUAGCUUAAUCAACGACUGAUAACGAGAAAAACGACUUUAUACUGACUACAUUCUGUGUGUGUGUGUGUUUGUAUGUGUGAACGUGCGUGUGUAUUUUGGAGGUUUCUUGAGGCAAGUCAAGAAACUUAAAGGUUCCCCCGACUAACAUUGGGAAAGAUAUCAGCUACUGAAAGGGAUUAUGUGUGCUUCUCGGUACCAUUCCAAUUAAUUGCUAAUCAAUAUCUUCCAUGUCCCAAGUUAGUCUUAAAAAUCUUUAUUUUUUAUUUGUUUUAAAAUCUGUCAACAAAUUCAGAAAUUCUAAUGGGAAUUAGGUUUCGCUCGAUUGGUUGAGUCAUUCGCUUUGUAAAUGAGAAUACCAAGUACCUUGAGAAAAUAGUCGUCGUUUAAGAAAGGACGAAUAGGUAGAUAUUUUGAAAUGACUAAAUAUCUGAUAUUUGGUUGGCUGUGGGGGGAACAGGUGGUGUGAUUGUGAGUUUGCUUAAUUAUACGAAAAGUACAAGGGUGGUUUAUAUGUAAUGAAAGCAAAGUGUGUGAAUGGAUCUUCUCCGGUGUAUCUGAAACUGUGUAAAUGUGACGGACAUUACUUCUUAACGUGACUAAUAAAUGUGCGAAGUGCGGGCCCUUAAAAA